AUGGGCGAUUCACUCCUGACGUCGGGUGCUCCCAAACUGGUGCAGCCACGAAUGCUCAUAGCCGGCAAGUUGGUUGAGGCGUCGGAUAAAGCUACCUUCCCGUUGUUCAAUCCCGCCACCGGCGCAAAAGUUGCGGAUGUCCCCGAAGCCACCGAAGAGGAUGUCAACACCGCUGUGGCAGCGGCAAAGGCUGCGUUCCCAGCUUGGUCGGCCCUGGACCCAGCCAAACGCGGCGCGUGCCUGAAGAAACUGGCAGCUCUGAUUCGGGAACAUCACGAUGAACUGGCCUUGCUUGAGGCUACCUCUGCAGGCCGGCCGAUAUCUGGAUACAUCGAUGGACCUGCUGCUGCCGGGCACUUUGAGCAUUACGCAGAGGCUUGGCCCUCGAUUCAGGGCCAGGCAAGUCUCAACACGCCUGGCUAUGUCACCAUGACGCUUCGACAGCCAUACGGAGUCGCAGCGGCGAUUAUUCCUUGGAAUGUUCCUCUUUUAUUCUUCGCGGGCAAGACAGCCCCUGCUUUGAUUACUGGCAAUACCGUCGUACUCAAAUCCAGCGAGAAAGCUCCACUUGCGGCAGCAAAAGUCGGCGAGUUGAUCGUCAAAGCCGGUUUCCCUCCAGGCGUCUUCAACGUCAUCUCAGGCCACGGUUUGCCUUCAGGCGCUGCGCUUUCAGAGCAUAUGGACGUAAGUGUAUUGAGCUUUACGGGAUCUGGACGUACCGGCCGAGCGAUCCAGGAGGCGGCAGCCAGGACAAACCUGAAAAAGGUCAUUCUCGAGCUAGGUGGCAAGUCGCCUGCUAUCGUUUUCGACGAUGCAGACGUUGAAAAGGCUGCCGAAGAGACAAUGCACAGUAUCCAGUGGAACAGCGGUCAAGUUUGUAUGGCAAACUCUCGAAUUUACGUGCAAGAGGGCAUCGCCACAGCAUUCCUGGAAACGUUCAAGCGCAAGUUCGCAGCUGCCAGAGCGGGCGAUCCGACAGUUAAGGACACCAACCAUGGACCACAGGCGGAUGAGACUCAAUACAAAUUUGUCUUGUCAUAUAUCGAGGAAGGAAAGAAGUCUGGGUCAAUUGCAUUGGGCGGCGGUGGAAACUUGCAAAGUACUGGCGGGUAUUUCAUCGAGCCAACCAUCUUUGUGGAAACUCCAGAGAAUGCCCGCAUAAUGAAAGAAGAGGUCUUCGGGCCAGUUGUCAAUAUCAAUGUCAUCAAGACGGAAGAAGAGGCCAUCGAGAAGGCCAACGAUACGGACUUCGGCCUCUACUCGGCUGUUUACACCAAGAACAUCGAUCGAGCAAUGAGAGUCGCCAAAGCGCUCAACUCUGGGUACGUGGGAAUAAAUUGCACGAGCCCCCAGACAGCAAGGGACUUGCCAUUUGGAGGGUACAAAUUGUCUGGGCAGGGAAGAGAGGGAUGGUUGCACAGUAUGGACAAUUUUCUCGAAACAAAGAGCGUGAUGAUGAAGGUAGAGAUGCAGUGA